CUUCGUCAGCGUUUAAGCACUGUAGCUGUAUAAAACCCCAACUGUGGGAGGAGGCUUCACUAAGACAGAGCGUACUACUGACUUACUGAGAGGACUACCAGUCAUAAUAUUACAACCUUUUCCUCUGCGCUCAAAACCACUGCAAAUCAUUCUCCUUGAUUUGGAUUUAGCAAAGAGGCAACAUGUGUAAGGGAUUAGCAACACUGCCUGCAACCUGUAUGAAAAGUGCCAAAGACAUCAAGCACAAGAUUGGAUUUCUGCUCCAUAAGCCUGAGGUUCCACCAGACAAGGAACAGAUAAAAGAGAAGACCAACAUUGCCAAGAGAGUUUCACCUGCUGAUGUGGAGAAAUGGAAACUGUCCUUCAACAACCUGAUGAAUAGUGAAGCUGGCCGUACGGUGUUCACUACCUUCCUGAAGGCAGAGUUCAGCCAGGAGAACUUGGAGUUCUGGAAAGCUUGUGAGAAAUACAAAAUGUCAGCCCCCAAAAAUAUGGCAGGUAAAGCCAAACAGAUCUAUGACCAGUACAUCGCGGCAGACGCUCUUAACGAGGUGAACUUGGACUCAGCAACGCGAGAGGAGACCAGACAGAACCUGUCUAAUGCCGGCCCAUUCUGCUUCGACAACGCCCAGCAGAAAAUCUUCACUUUGAUGGAGAAAGACUCAUACAGAAGGUUCCUCUAUUCCAAACUGAUCCAGGAUCUGUCCCCGUUGCCCACCACCACCACCCAACUCAGUGCUCUGGAGAAAAGGGGAGGGAUGAGAGGCUGUUCUGAGAGCGGUGGUGCAUAGACAGAGAUGGAAAGAGAGAAACAUUGACAAUUAAAGCACUCUGUCAUAAUCUGUGAGGGAAAGAGUAGGUUGUCUUAAAGAGAAAACAUUGUUAUGAGUGGGUGGAUUUAGAUUUUUUUCUGUCAGUUGUUCAAAAGAACUAUUUCAACAAGUAUCAUGAAUUGCUUGUCUUUCAGACUAGGGUAUGCUUGGAGAGGGAGAGAAGAAAACGAUCAGAGAUGUGAUUUUCAGGACAAAAUAUCAUCCUCUUUCUCCUGAUUUUCCAUUGUUUUGUAAAGGUCUACUUUCUUUCCAUGUAAUAUCUUCCUGAGCUCUAACAAGAGUCAAAUGAUUCAAACAGGCAUUUAGGCAUUUCACUCUGGUCAGCUCCCUGUUUCCCCCCUGUCUGGCUUUCAUCAAGGGCUCAAAGCUAAGUCAUGCAUGUACGCCAAUAAUGCUUUCCGGCUUGAAAAUGCUCUUCCUCAAACUGAGUGUUAAAUUAGAUUAUAGUUUAUAGUUUAUAUCAUUGCUUUACCUUAGGCUAGUUUGUGCACUGCUGAGGUGUAGCUCACUUGCCCUCUGUUAACCUGCCGAUGAAGUCAUGACCAGGUGAUGUUUUGAUUCAAAACACAGGGAAAAACAAUGAGGAACUACCUCUCUAUCCAUCCCUAUCCCACUUUCUGGGUGACCUGAACAUUGACUGGUUAGCAACUAGCUGUCUUCUCAAGAGGAAGCUUGUGACUGUGCCUGUAAUAUGACUCAGGUUAUCACUAAACCAACUAGCGUGCAUACUAAUAGUGUUGGAUCUGUAACAUCCAUUUUUAUAUUGGUCAUAUCUUCACUAAUGCUGCAGAGCUUUGCUCUAAGGCAAUAUCAGUUUCCUUUGGCUGUAGUGACCAUAACAUUGAGGCAAUGACAAGGAAAGCCAAAGGUUGGGCCUAAAGUCAUUUAUUAAUUGUUAAUUCCAAUUGUUGACAAGCAUGCACCAGUUAAGAAACAAACUGUGAGAACUGUUAGAGCCCAAUGGAUUGAUGAUGUUCAAAUAAAUAAUGCAAAAGAGGUGGCAAACAA